AUGAAUAAGUUUCUGACUAUCGUGACAUUCUCAGUACUCGUUAUCGCGUUUGUAUUCGGUCCGAGUACUGAUGCUGCAGCUACAAGUGGCGGAAGUUCUAUUAGUCCUGGUAUAAAACGGUAUGUUGUUUCUCAAUAUUUUGCCANCACUGACGGGCUACUAGGUAUGGGAUAUCAAAGUAUUACAAGCGGUGGUGAAGAGCCAUUGAUAUGGGCAAUGUAUCGACUUGGUCAACUAAGUCUACCAUUAUUUGGCUUUUGGUUUGGCCCAGUAUCGACUGGUUCCGAUACAGGUGAAUUGAUCUUAGGUGGCUAUGACACAACGAAGUACACCGGGUGUUUUACGUAUGCCACUGUUGCUGUGAAAGGUUUUUGGGAAUUUGUUGCUGACAGUAUUGGAGUCACUGUUGGAUCGACGACAACGACAAUAGCAUCAGCAAUCAACGCUAUUUUAGAUACUGGAACAACAGCUGCUAUUCUGGGCCCAGCGAUCUAUGUAAAUGCAAUCAAUUCGAUUUUGGGUGCGACUUGGAAUUCAACAUUUGGAUGGUACACUGUUAAUUGUCAAACGAAACCUUUGUCAGCAUUUCCUAACAUAACGAUAAUUAUCAGCGGCGUUCCAUUCACUCUCACGCCCUUGAUGUAUAUUCAAAUAGCAGGUGGCCCUUCGAACUACAUAUGUUACAGUGUUAUAUCAACAAUAAGCCAAAAUGAUGCGAACUCAAAUCCAAUUUGGAUUCUUGGCGACUUUUUCCUGAGACGUUUUUAUAGCGUGUUUGAUAUGCAAAACAAUCGUAUAGGAUUGGCAUUGUCAACUUCAUAUUCCACUAUUCAAACACCGCCUAGUACUUUGUUUCAGUCAACUACAACACUUUUUCCUCCGUCAUCAACAACAACUAAUACAGUUACGACUACUGUGGCAUUACCAGCACAGUGUUUCAAUUAUACCACAAUCAAUGAUACAACACGUUUAACAACAGCUGGUGCAAAUGGAGUCUGUGACUCAACUGUCUUCAGCAGUACUAGUACAAAUGUUCCGACAUUUGUUCGCUUUGUAAGUCCAGGUGGAACACGAUGA